GCUGGAGCACUCUUGACUUGAAAUGGAAUGAAACGGGUGCAAACUGAGGAUAUUUUAAAACGACUUCUGCAAAGAAGAAUUUACGAAGAAUAUUAUUAAAACAGUAGUUUGCAUAAACUUUGUCUCUCAGAAUGUUCAAGGAAUGGGUUACGGUUAUUGCUGCUGCGAUUCAGCUGUUGUUAUUACAAGUAACAGGACAGUCACCGAAAAGCGGCUUGUGUAUUGGGAGUGAUUGCUAUACCAUACACCAGGACUCCAAGACGUUUCAGAAUGCGAAUGAUGUGUGCAGCAAACAGCAAGGACAUUUAAUGACAGUGCGAUCAACAGUGGCCAACGAUGCAAUGUCUAUCCUGAUUCCGAACGAACACGGAGAUUUCUGGAUAGGCUUGAAACUUCCUAAAGGACAAUGCACCAACUAUAACACAGUACUAAGAGGGUACGAGUGGGUAACAGGAGAUGAAAGCACUAAUUUUUCAAAUUGGAAAGGCAAUGAUUCAACAUGCACUGAGCAGUGUGUUUCCGUUUCCAGUGAUCUAAACUGGAAAGAAAGACCGUGUCAGGAUAAGGUGGCAGGAUUUUUGUGUGAAUACAAUUUCAAUAAAACAUGUGACGCUCUACCCCCAGGUACGGACAGCUCAAUUCUAUACAGCACACCACUAGGCUUUCAGGGGUCUGACCUUCUAUCACUUCCACCGGGAAGUACCGCAACCUGUUCACCCUCUGAUUUCAAAGUGUACUGUUCCACUAAAGCUGAUGGCAGAGUUGAAUGGGAGAUGGGUCCUUGGGAUUGCCAAACUAAUAAUGGUGGCUGUGAACAUCAAUGCCAAAUGAACAACAAUCAGCCCCAGUGUAGAUGUCCACCAGGCCAUGAACUAAAAGAUAAUAAGAUGACCUGCACUGAAAUAGAUGCAUGCCGCAUUGCAACUUGUGAGCAUCUGUGUGUCCCUCAUAAAGACAGUUACAUUUGUAUGUGUAAAGACGGAUAUGAACUGGAUCUGGAUGGCAAGCGAUGCAGAGACAUUGAUGACUGUAAAAUGGGACACAAUCUUUGUGACCAGGACAGGGUGUGCGAGAACACACCUGGAAGUUUCGAAUGCAAGUGCAAAUCUGGGUUUGCCGAGGAAAAUGGGAAAUGUGUAGAUGUCAAUGAAUGUAACUUAAAACCCUGUGAGCAUAACUGCAUAAAUGUACCGGGGAGCUACCGGUGUUCCUGCCUUGAGGGGUACAUUCAAGACAGUGGAGACCAUCGCAAAUGUAAAAGGCAGUGUUAUGCUUCUGAAUGCAUUGCAGAAUGUGAUCCAAAUAUGAGCUGGCAAUGUGACUGUCCAAAUGGAUUUGUAUUGGACAGCAGGGAAAAUUUAUUUUUAUGUGUUGACAUAAACGAAUGUGAGACAGGGACCUACUGUGAUCAGCUGUGCAAUAACUCAUUUGGAAGUUUUACGUGUUAUUGCCGCGAAGGAUACUCUCUUGGCAAUAAAGGGGACUCCUGUGUUUCUGAAGAUACUGAAGAAGGUUCCGGCACCACAAGCAUUACUCCAGUCAUCAGUGUUUUUACUACCCCCACUUCAAACAGUACUACAAAGGGAGAAAGUAUUUUGACACCCGGAGCUCUUCUUGGAAUCAUCAUUUGUAUCGUGGUGAUGAUUUUGAUUCUCGUUUUCCUUGUGCACCACGUUCUUAAACAGCGUGUAAAAUGGGUUGCGUCAUCAGACUUUAAAAGCAGAGGCGCAGAACGAGAAGUCUGCCUUCAACAGGUGACAACAGAGACAUACUCAAAAACAUCUUCGUUUGAAAGAAAUUUAAAAACAGAGACAUAAGCGUUUUUUACCAGUUAACAAAACUGAAUCGGCCAUUUCUUAAAAAGUGUAUGACCAGCUGUAGCCUAAAUGAAAUCUUAACUGUCAUAAACAUGUUUAGAAUUACAUAAAUAAAUAAAUAAAUUUGGCGAUCAAAUAUGAAAUAGAAUGCACGGCAAAAUGCAAAAAGGGUAUUGGUUGUAAAAAGUUAUUAUUUAAUUGAAAAGCUAUUAUCCCAUGUAAUUAAAACGUAUUUGAGUUUACUUGCAUGGUCAAAUAUUCUUUUUUGCUGACUUACAUAUUUGAGUUGCAGCAUUACUAAACUUUUUAUGGGCAAAGACCACCAGUAUUUGGUCACGCUCUCCAAUAACAGUAAAAUACAGUACCACAGCUUUAUGUGGCAAGAAGACGUUAUCUUGAUUUUACACCAUCACGGUAAAAAUAAUUUAAAGGAAUUAAACACAAUCUUAUACACCAGAUUUUUUGAACACCCGAUUCCUAACAAAUAUAACACGCGUUUAUUUUGCUAUCAACGGUCGCAAACAUUGAAUUGAAAUGAAUAAGAUGUGACUAAGUAUUUAAGUUUUGGUUUUACAGUGAUGUACUUAAACAGUCACACACAAUGUUUAAUUGCUGCAGUGAAUUUCUAUAUUCACAGGAUACUUUUCUAAUUUGCUAAUGUUAUGAUACAGUAGAUUUGAGGUUUAAAAUAUAUCCUUUAAAUGUAAUGGCGCUACAGUCAAGCAUCGAAAUGUCCACCAUACAUUGUAAACCAAAUGUUUAAAAUGUACCUUAUUUUAAGCACACAGGGUUGUUAAUAAGCGGUAUCUACAAUACUGUAGAUGCCGCUUAUUAGCAACCCUGAUAAAGACAACUUUAGGUUAUUAACAUUUUUACAGGCACCAAUCCUAUCCAGUAUGUAUAUAGCUUUUUGCUUAUUAACAACUUUCGUAUAAUGACAACUUUUUGAUGGCUACCAAGAGUUUGCUAAUAAGCAGCAUCUACGAUAUAUAUAUAUAUAU